UUUCAAAGUACAAAAGAUUGUUUGCAUUUUAAAUGAAUUUUAAUAUUAGAUCUAAUAGCUGCUAGAAAGAAAGACAAAGCAGCAACAGAAAAAAGUUGGCAAGUAAUUCAAGGGAGAUAGUCUAGUACUAAGCCUUAAAACCAAAAUGGCGUAUUUCCAAUGACAAUAUAUGGUAAAAAAAAUAAUUUAGCCAAAUUUCAGUUUGAUCCGAGACCAGACAGAAAGAGUGAUUUGAUAAAAUUUUGCCACAAUGUUUGGAGAAUAUGCUCAAAUUGCAACUUACUUACAACAAACUCGUGAUGGUGCUCCACAAACAGCUCAAGAAUGCUUGCCGCCAUAUUUGUGUCCUACUUACAGCCCACCUCAACUGUAUAACAUUGGACGAGAAAAGAAAAAUAAUUUUGAAGAUUUUAUAUUGAUUGCAGAAUUUUCUGAAUUGGAAGGUCCCAAACCUGUGAUGACCAUUCCUAAAGAAGGCGGAGCUCAUAUUGACCAGAAUGCAUUUGCAGUAAAAAUAUUAGCAGUAGAUUUUCAGACCUCAUCUGAAGGUUUUUCUAUAACAGAGGAUGCCCAGGUUUUAAUUUCAGAUACAGAACUAGGCAUCCAUGCAUUUGUACAUCAUUUAAUUUUAUAUGAUAACACAGCCCGAGGAUUUGUAAGACCUUACUGUAUUACUUACAUAACUACAGAACAAAGAAAGCUGUUACAUUUUUAUGAAGACAUUUCCUUACAGUUUAAAAAGGCAGCAAGAUAUUUGAAAUAUGGCAACAAAAUUGUGUUUGUUGGAGAUUUAGAGAGACAUUUGAAAGAUUUAGAGCACACAAAAGGAUACUUAUUAAAUCAAGUCUCAAAGAUGAGACUGAAAGAUGAUUUGAAUGAGAACCAAGUAAAUGAGGCUAGAAAAAAUGCUGAGAAUGAAAUGUACCGAACUCUACAGACAAUAAGACAAUCCAGUACUGAAAUUAAAGAAAUUAUUUCCAUUUUGAAACCAUUAUUGAAUGAUAGAAGAUUAGAGGCUAAGUUUAGGGAACUUGAAGACAAAGCAUUUCAACAAACUACACAGGCAGGAGAAGAUAAACUUAGUUUGCAGGACAACUGGUUCAAUGAUUUAUCAUCCAUUGAAGAAUGUGAUUUAAGAAGUGGGUCUUUAAAUGAAUCAAAAGUCUCUCCUUUGACACUCUUCAAACCAAGAGAUUACAAACCCUUGCUUGUUGAAACCAAGAAAGCUAAACGAUUCAAUGCACCAUUGAGAGGUCUUCAUGAAUUGUGUUCUUGGGGAGCCAAAGAGGGUCUAAAAAAAUUCAGAAAUAUACAUGAUCAUUUUAAGAAGGAAGCAAUGGUUCUUGAUUUAGAAAGAAAUGAAUCUAGAAUGUUGCGCCCUAGAUGCACUUCACUAUCCCAUGGUCAUUGUGUCACAGGAAACUUUCUCUCAGAUGUUUAUAUGAAGAAUGUUCCUAACUGUGUUACUAAUGAGUUUGAGGGCUGGUCAAUGUAUUCUGGACACCAAUGGGGAAGUUCAGCCUCUUUGGAAUCCUUGGAUAGUUUUAAAUCAGCUGAUGAUGGAUCUCUUUUAUCUUUAAAUACUUUCAACAGUGCUGAAUCUAUUCAUUCAUUUCUUGCUUUGGAUAUUAGCCUUUUAGCAGAAACAGAAUACUAUCCAGAUGUUGAAAAUUUCAAUGACAUCAACGUGGACAAAAAUGGGCCAGACACUUCAGGAUCACCUCGUGUGUCAGGGAAAAGUAGCUUGAAGAGUAAUUUAUCUAUGUUAAGCAUUUGUAAGACAUCUGACCUUGAUUUUACUGACAGUCAGACAAUUGUGGAGGAUGAUUCAGAAUAUUUAUUUUCUGAGAAAAAUCUAGUUGAGGUGAAUACCAAAGUGGAGAGUUCCACUGCCAGUUUAUCAAGCCACACAUUUCCAAAGGCUUCACAAUGUUCAAACAUUGAUAUCUCUAGCAUUAGGGAGACGUCUGAUGUUUCUACUCAUUUGGACAGUCUCCCUAAUGUGAACUCUCAUCAAGUCAUCACAUUUAAAAACAUCAUGUCAGAUAAGACAAAUCAUAUUAAAUGUAUAUCCAUACCUUUAGAUAUUGAUGACAGUUCAAGUAUACCUAGUGAUAUUUCUGUAAAUGAGAUGAACUCACUGGAGUCUAACAAUACACAAUCUGCUCUUUCUCCAAGUUAUAGUGAUAAGCAGUUUACAGAGGAACUAGUCACUUUCAGAGAAAAUUUGUGUAAGUCAGAAGUGCCUGAGAUCAAGGGAGAUGGUAAAAGUAAAUUGUCAACCCUGCUAGAUGAAGAGGAUAAUUCAAAACAUUAUGUCAAACCUGGCCUCCAGUUUGGCCCAUUCAGUAUAGCAUCAGUAGAAGAGAUCUCAUCAGUAUCACUUACUCCAUCAAGUGAUAGUUACCAAACUCCUUCAGAUUAUGGGUGUUCAUUCUUAAAGUUACCCAAUGGUAUUCCAGCAAACAUGUCCCAGUUAGCACAGGAAUUAAAUGGAUUGAGGAAUGAUUAUGUUUCUAAGUUCUAUGUAGAAGAGGAUGACACUGCCCGAUACAGAGCUGAGUCAGAUACCUCAUCUGCUUUUACAGAAAUUUCUCUUCGAGACCUUUUUUCUUAUCGUGACAAUGCUUCUGAUCACAAUAAAAAUCAUCAGCUACAGACUGGAAAAGAUAUAUCUGAUGGCAUCAGCAAAGGGAAACAAUUUUAUGAAGAUGUAGACAGUCCUGUUCCUUGUGCUAGCGUUUGGAAACCUCGAUGUAGACUCUAUACACUUGGAGAGUGGAUAAGUAAUUCAAGCAUAGGGAAACCAGGCAGUUGUAUUUUGGAGGUACUUUCAUCUUAUCAAAACUUACACCACAUCAUCUAUAGUCUGCUUAGCGGACGUCCAGUGCUGAUCGCUGCAAGUGUCAGGCUAGAACAAGAAGUCAUCAAACUAGUUAGAGCUUUGACAAUAUUUGUGCCUAUGACAAAAAGGAAACGUCAGAAUGUUUUAGAAUGGACGUCUAAACCACUUAGUAUUGUAGACCUAGCUAAACUAAAGCUUGUUGGCAUCUGUAGACCUGAUAAAAGAUCUCUAGAUUCAUUUAUACCUUGUGCUGUUAAGAAAACAUGCUGUAUAGUUGAUCUUGAAAAAAGAGUUAUUAUAGCAUCUCCUUAUCAGGGCUUUUAUAUCUCUGCUAUGAUGUCUAAAAGAAAAUUGUUUAAAACUGAUGUGCAAUAUUUAUCUUACAUUCAUUGGUGGCUUAUGGAACUUGCUGCAAAAGCUUUUCUCUUUUUUCAUUCAUUUUGUUUAAGUUCUACUGGCAGCAUAUUAUACUCUCUGAGUCCUAGGGACCAACAUGACCCAUACUCUACAACAGAAAAAACAGAAUCAACUAUUAUGACAAAACUUGGCAUCAGAGACUGUGAUUGUGAAAUCAUACAGCAUUUUUCAGAAUUAGUGAAACUGUCAAAAAUCGAAUCUAAAAUUUGCCAUGGUACAGAUUCAGGAAGCAUUGUUUAUCCAUUUAACAUUCAACACAAGGUGUGUCAAACAUAUCGCUGCUAAAAUGUCACCAUGUCCAUGUUCUGAUAAGAUUUGAACCAUUCAAAACAGAUUUAAUUAGAAAACAUCGAAAUUGAGCAAUGUGUGGACAGAGAAAUUUAGAGCUACAUCUUUGGGAAAGAAAGAGGAAUUGGAAUCAUGACACUCCAAGAAAAACUGCCCACAAUAAAAAUGGGGCCCAUAAGACGCAAGGAAAGACAGAGAAGAGACUAAUACAGUAAUAUAAAAUGAGACUUUAAAAAAUUGAAAAAUCAAAGGAUUUAAGAAGAAACAGAAUGGUUUUAGAGAGAUCCUCUUUUACAUUAGGAAGAAAGACAAAUGAUUGAUCUGUUUGUUUAUGGUAUGUCUGGUGCACUUGAAUUGUAGACUCUAUGGUAAGGGGUUGUCUCCCUCUUGCCAUCACCCUCAGCAACAGGUUUGGGCAUUAAAGUCAUUCUUUGCAGACGUUAAAAUACGCUUAUUGUAAUGUUAUUUUAUUCUAUCACCACUUUUUGCAAUUAUUUUAAAAUGUAGGACUAGUUCGAAUAGUGUAGUUAAUUUUUUUGGAUGGUAUCAUAGUUUUUUUUUCUUGCCUUAUGAGAUGCUCUCACAGAAAAGAAUCCAGAGGUGUCUGUUGUUGAUAACAUGUGAUUCUUUAUUGAUUGUUCUAUGCUAUUUUUAUUUAAAUGUUUUUAUAUGAUUGUAGACUUUUCCAGGAAAUAAAUGUGAUAAAAUAUCUUGUUCAUAACAAAGAAAUAUCAGAUGCUUUUAAUACCCUGUAUGCCAAACACAAGAAAAGGGCUUUACAAUUUUCUAGCUUAAUUAGCAAAAUAGGAGAAAAAAAUGCAUUCACAAUUUUUUUAUAAAUUUUAUAAACACCUUAGUGGUAUACCUUAAAACAUUGCCUCAUUUUAUAACCACCAAGGUCAUGGUACUUUUCUAACCAUGCAGUUGUCAAUACUGGUAUACUUAAUAUGUAUUGUUUUAUCUAGUGCACAACAUUAAUGGUAAUGAACAGAUAAUCAAGAUAGUAGCUAACAAUUUUGUUUUUUAUCUCACACACAUGUUAGAGAUUGAUAUUGUUUGCAAUUGGUGUGAAUACUUUUUUCAUUUAUGCUUUUUUUCUCUCUCUAAAUGAGAUCCCCAAUGUUAUCCUUUCAGUUAUCUAGCUCUUGACUUCUCUUAUGUAUUUAUUAAAUUACAAAACAAAAAUGAAAUGAUGUACUUUGUUAUUUUGAUAUCAGCCAUCAUACAAAUAAAGCUGCCAUUAGGACAUAGUGCUGCAUCAAUGUUCUUAAAAUAAAAAAAAAUACUUGUACCGGUAUUGUGGCAAAAUUGGUAUGAAUAACUAUUUUGAAUAUUUCUUACAAAUAUAAAUGGUAAUUUCUCAAUCAAUUAAUAUCUUUAGUAGACUUUUUCUUUUAUUUUAGGUUCAAAUGGGAUGUUUUUUGAGAAUUAUGCUAGCCCAAAUUGGACUGUUUAUUUAUAUAGGUAUACUAUUUAAAUUACUAGUAUACAUACCUGUAUUCUUUAAAAAAAAAAAACAUACAGGUACAUACAUUUGAAGCAUUCUUAAUUAUAAUUCAUAAUUAAGUGUACAUCUUUAAAACUAAUAAUUGUAGGUGUCCAUUAAGCCAUGUUAAACUAGUUUUGACUGAUUUAGUUGUACUCUACCAGCCCUAGUACAGGACAGCCUUUGUUAUAUGGAAUUGAGUAGAGUAUUGUGGCUGUUCCAAGUAUUCAUUACUUUAUUCAGAUAUUCUCAAUUUGAAUAGAACACUAUGAUAUAAAACAACUAACAGAUGGUAUUCUAUGUUUUCUACAUCAAGUCUGUGAUAGAAGUCUUGCAUUUUAUACACAUUGUGUUUCAAUACCAUUUGUUGUAUUACACUGGAUACAUAUUUACAAGUCAUUAUUUGAAAACAAAUCCUGGUCUUUCAUAAGUGCCAGAGAGUACAUUUUGUGUGUAUGAUUAUGCUACAGUACACAAACCUGUAUAGAAAAAAUAAAAGAUACCAUAUACCAAAACAGCUUCAAUCAAAAUAGUACAACUCCCAUCAUCCCAUUGAGCACUCAAGCUUGAAUUCAUCACUGAGAUUGGAUUUUGUUGCAUACAUCUUGUUGUAACUUAGCCAAAUAACCUCAAUGAAAGGAUUACAAAAUGGAACGUUUAAUCAUCAAUUAGAAACUAGAUCUAGAGCCAAACUAAUCACAUCUCAAGCGUCCCUGUUUUCAUCACUUCUGUUUCUCCAUCGUGUCCCAUGGUCCACAAUAUCGCGCAAUGACAGUGCGCAAUGUAGAGUCAUAACAAUAUAUUUUAGAGGUCUUAUCUUAUAGUGUUGUUUUUUUUUAAAGAUGUAAUAAGAUACAUAACAUUUAUCAAACUUUUGUGCAACACCUGCUCUGGAGUUGUACAGAGCAAUUACUGUAAUCUUCAGAACUACAAGUUAAUAUGGAGAAUAAACACACACAAAAAUUCUGUAGACACUUCAAGUUGAAUGACUUUUAUUUGUAUGUACAUGUGUUCAAUGUUCAGUCCCAAUUGUGUAACUAGCAAAUUACAAAUCACAUUUCUUAUUAGGUUUCCUUUUAACCAAUUAGUAUGCAGUAUUACCCAUCUCCCAACAAUGAGAACAAAUAACAUCCUUUAAAGUUUCCAGCUGAUACUUAUUUACAGUUAGAAAUGAAAUGCAGUUGAUUGCAAGAUGUUUUCACCAUGUUCAAUUGUAUAAACUUGCUAGUUAUUGAAAAAGUUUUAAAAAGACAGUAAUGGAGAAAUAGAUUCAAAGUAGAGGUAAAAAUAGCUUGUAAAAUUCUGAUCAGAAAAGUUGUUUUUAAUGUGCAAUGAGAAGAAUGUUGACAUCAUUUCUACAAGUUCAACAAGACUUUAACUGUAAAAGAUUUUUCAAGCUGAUUAAAAAAAAACAACAACCUAGCAGUAGUAAAAAAAAAAAUAAUAAUAAUAAAGUGCUUUAACCAACUAUGAGAACAAAAUAUAUUUUUAAAAAAUCAUACACACACAAAACAAGUACAGCAUAAAUGAUGUCAAAAUUGUUUGUGAUUUCUUUUUAUGCUUGUAUGAUUGAAAAAAAAAAAAAAAGAAUACUACAAGAAA